CAGAUGCCACCCGGUUGACCAAGUGCUAGACGCGGGGCAAAACUGGGCAUGAGGCCUCUCAAGGAACGAAUGGCAAAUAGUCUACGUCGUUUUCUUUGUAAAUAUGAGGCUACUCUUUGCUCGUUGUAUAGGGAACAAUUUGAGUAAAGUUUCUAAUUGGACACGUGUUGUUCUUCUGUCGGUUAUUUGAAGAUCAACUGAUUCCUUUGUAUCUAGCUCCGCUUUUUAAAAGGCAAUGAGUGAUCUAUUAGGGGGGGCAUAUGUGUCCUAAUUAGGUCCUUUUCAAGCCUUUAGAAUAUACGCGCGCCCCCUGCUGCGAGCACCCCGCGGCCAGACAUGGAAGCCCAGGAACUAUUUAAUGCUCGGGAUGUGCGCUGCGCGUGUCACACAGUCCAGAGAUUCUCCUGCCGGGUAAAAACAGUUUAUUGAAUUGAACAAUAAUACUUUAAAAUGGAAGAUGUAUUAUUUGACUUGGAUCAAGAUGGCACUACAGACUUUGAUUUCUGGGGCCAAAUGGACCUUAACUUCCAGUUCCAGGCCCAGUUGGACAGUCUACUCGUUGACUGCACCACGGUCACCGGCCAGCUUUCGCCAUGGUCCUCGUUCGGCGGCCAGUCCAUGUUCCCGGACGCGCAGCUGACCUUCACAGACCUGGACUCGCAGUCUCCCGGCCUUGGCGCUGGUGCUGAAGUGGACAGCUCCUCGGCGGACGAGCCCCACGAGAUGAGCAAGCGCAGGCCGCUGCGGUUUGUGCCCCAUCACCCGUACAAGAUCCAGCGACACGCCGCUAAUAUCCGGGAGAGGAAGAGGAUGCUGAGUAUCAAUUCGGCGUUCGAAGAGCUGCGGUGCCACGUGCCCACCUUUCCUUACGAAAAGCGCCUGUCCAAGAUUGAUACCCUGAGACUCGCCAUUGCCUACAUUGCCCUCCUGAGAGAAAUAUUGAUAUCCGGCUGCGACCCCAAGUCAUAUUUGGAUGAGUGCAUGAAGAAUGGUUACAAGAAUCAAACCAAUGCAAUAUGGAACACAAGUGAUCUGACAGCCCGGCUCUCCUGGAUAAAGUGGGAUUAACUCAGGAUGGAGCGGCCCAAGUACGUAGGGGGGGGGGGGAGAUUUACGCCCUCUUCUCUGUCCGUGUCAAUGGCAGCAUCACAUCAGGGGCUGAGUGACAUCUGCAGACUUCUCACCAGGUCGUGCACCUCUCUCUGCAGCCAUCCGCGCCCCUCACAGCUUUUAAUAUUUGAAUGUGUUGUGGAUUGGUAAUUGAGUGUCAGUGUUUCUCUGGAGUUGCCCGUUGUUUUACAGUGAAUGGGGGACCGGGGGCAGACUCAAGCCCAUGGGGAUGGUGCUUGUCACAGGGGAGCGAAGCAGGCUGGCAUGGGACUGAAUUAACCUUGGUAAAAAAAAUAAAAAAGAAUCGUAUGGAGUAUAAUACUGAAGUGUUCAUUUGAAACCUUUUGCUGUUGUUCAUUAGACACGGUUACAAGGGACUUGAUAAUGUAAAUUAGACUGUGUGACACCCCCAUUUCAGUAAGUUAAUUUAUCCCAUUGUAUUUAUUUUAAUUAAUUAAUGUAUUUAUUCGUCAAUUUAUUUAUUAUUUUGUAUUGAUCAUUUUGGUUCUUUUGUAUUAUUUUGAUGUAUUAACAUUCCUUUUUCAUUAAUGAUUUAUUCAACUUUUCUAAUUUAUGGUUGCUAGUUGUUUAUAUUUAAUCAAUUAUGUAUUGUCAUCAAAUGGACCAUUUUGAUAUUCAUACUACUUAUUAUGAAGAUACCUGUAUAUUGUUUUUCUAGUGCUUGUGAGUAUUGAGGUGAAACUGUAAAGCUGGGUUGGACUGGGAAAUGGAUUUGUGCUUGAUGGCAAAUCAGGGAAUUCCUAACACAAUUAAAUUAGGCAGUAUGUUUUCCAGAUUAUUCCCCCCAUGCUGACUGUAUUCCUCUAUGUUGGUUAGGAGUUUGAAAUGAAGAUGGAAUGAAUCCAACCAACCUGUGUGUAUUUGUAAUGGUUCCCGAAGCCCUGUUGGUGACAUUGAAUCUGCAGCUGUGGUGUCCAGGCCCACUGUAGAGACCUUUAGCUUUCCCCCUGCACACACACAGCAGCAUUUGGUUUAGCCAUUUCCCUUAUGGUUAAAAGACGUACUCAGGUGACUCCACAUUCUGUUCCCACUUAGCUGGCUCUAUUCACUGGGACCAGCUUAGCAAGGUCUCACUGACACUGUCACUGUAAAUGACUCCCAAUGUAAUCCAUGGAUGUCAAUGUAGUGCCUGUCUACUCUUACUACGUAUGGUUUAGUCAGAGACGUAGUAAACGGAGACAGAAGGCGUAUACCCAGUGCACACACUCCCUCUGUUCUCCUGCACGUGUACUUUUAGUGCUGCUAAUGACCCUCACUGGAAACAUUUACGCAGGAACACACAGCAAUAUGGGAAGUCCAUUUGGGUGGGGGAGACGUAAGGGGGGAUGGCGGUGAGGUUUCUCAGAGGACCCUAAAUGGGAGUAUGGGAGUGUCACCCCUCCCACAGGUGUGUGUUUGUGUGUCACCUGUGGAUCCAUUCCCACCACCUCCUUCAGGGUUACACCCUUUGUUUAACCAUUACCUUACACCACUCCCCUCCAUGCCCCCCCUCUACCCCCCACCCCAUGUUACAUAGACAGGGCAGGUGUUGUCUUUACUCCCCUUUGCUCUGUAGCCUACUGUACACCUGUUUUACUUGACUGUGGAUGUAAGUAAGUGCUUUACACUAUGGACUGUGAAAUAAAUAACUUUUUUAGUUUC